AUGGAGACUUCAAUGCUUUCAGGUCUCUCAGUAGUUCAGCCAGUACCUACAAAGCCGGCAAAACAAGAUAUGUCUCGUCCAUUAACAGCCGCGCCAAUGACGACCUCGACAACCAAUAUCGGUUCAGCCCAGAGAGAAUCUUUUGACCUCGAGAUACUGCCAGUCCGAGAUGAUCGAAAACCAGACAAUGCAUCUUCCGACCAUAUCGAUGACUUAGAAAUGAGUCAACCUGAUCGUCCAGAUUCAAGUACCGAGACUGUUGAAGUCGCACCAACUAUCUGGGACCCUUUCAUGAACCGCUUCAGACUUCUCUCGACCUGUUUAUCCCAGAUAAAUAAUGCUUCUAGCGAUGGUGCUACUGGUGCAUUGAUCCCUUAUAUGGAGAAGUAUGUCGAUAAUCUUUCCCCUGAACGACAUAAGCUAAUAUCUUUAGCCAUCGGAUUCAUUGCCGCCGCCGUAUUCAUCGAUAUACUUAGAGCAAAACUCGGUCGAGCCAAACUUCUUGGUCUCGGUCAAGCCCUUGUCACUCUGGCAUAUAUCCCCAUCAUCUGCGGAGCCCCUUUCAUCGUUGUUGUUCUAUCAUUCUUCUUUAUCGGCUUCAGCAUCUCGAUAAAUGUGACCAUCGGGAACCUCUUCUGUGGUGGUCUCCAGAACGGAACGUUCAUGUUGGGUGUACAGCAUGGGACUUACGGAAUAGGGGCAACCAUCGGCCCUCUCGUUGCGACCGCGCUCGUUACAGCUGCAAACACCAUGUGGAAUAGAUACUACAUAAUAACCUGUGUGCUCGGAGCUUUAACCGUCGCACUAGGAAUGUGGUCGUUCUGGAGAUACGAGCAGGAGUUGAGUCCUGCGGCACGCCAGAGAGAGGCGGCCCAAGCUGGAGACUCCUUGUCGAACAGCAUCUUUCUUGCUAUGAACCUGCGCAUCGUAUUCCUUGGUUCACUCUUCAUCUUUGCCUACCAGGGAGCCGAGGUCUCUAUUUCUGGCUGGGUCAUUUCUUUUCUCAUCAACGACCGCGAUGGCGAUCCUUCUUCAGUUGGUUAUGCAACAGCAGGUUUCUGGGCCGGUAUCACCAUCGGUAGGUUUCUCCUUUCUGCCCCUGCGCAGCGAAUCGGUGAGAAAACGCUUGUGUAUGGUCUCAUCAUAGGAGCCGUCGCUUUUCAGCUUCUCGUCUGGGUCAUUCCUAACAUCGUGGGCAACACUAUUGCCGUAUCUGUAGUUGGUCUUCUCCUUGGUCCUAUCUACCCAUGUGCAUCAGCUGUUUUCCUUCGAGGCAUGACCAGGCGAGAGGCUCUGACUGGUAUUGGCAUGAUUAAUGCUUGUGAUAGCGCAGGCGGAGCUAUUGCACCCUUCGUCACGGGACUUCUGGCCCAGGAGUUUGGCACCUUUGUCCUUCAUCCGAUUGUGAUUUUCUUGUUUGCUGUCAUGUUGCUGUGCUGGUAUUUCAUUCCAGCUGAGGAAAAGAGGACAGAGUGA